AUGGCAAUGUUUUUGACGAUGAUCGGCCAUAACGAGCGUUACAGAGUGAUUAAACGUAGAUUUCAACGCUCCACAAGAACUGUUCAUAUUUGUUUCCAUGAAGUUUUACUGGGUAUGAUGGAAUUCGCAAGAGAAAUAGUGGUGCCAACAACUUCUGAUACAACUUUGAAUACGUCAAGUCAUCAAAGACGUUUGAGAGAAAUAUUUCCGGGUGCAAUAGGUGCUCUAGACGGUACCCUUGUACAUGCAAUUGUGCCAGCUAGUUAUCAAACUGCUUACAGGGGAAGAGGAGGCGGUCGAUGCUAUCAAAAUGUUUUAGGAAUUUGUGAUUUCAACAUGAUAUUCACUUUUGUUUGGACUGGAUGGGAAGGUAUAGCGCAUGAUUCUAUAAUACUUAGGGAAGUUGCUUUUAACCCAAGAUCCGGUUUUCCCUUUCCACCACAAGAUAAAUAUUAUCUUUGUGAUGUUGCGUACGCCAAUGCUCGUGGAUUUUUGGCUCCAUAUCGUAACACAAGGUAUUGGUUGGCAGAUUUUCGACGUCGACGCACUUUGACUAAAGAAGAAAGGUUUAAUCAUGCACAGGCCCAACUCAGAAAUGUUAUUGAACGCGCUUACGAUGUCUUGAAAGCGAGAUUUUCGAUCUUAAAGCAGAUGGCUCCCUUUCCAUUUACAACACAAAGAAAUGUGGUAAUUGCUUGCUUUGCGAUACAUAAUUUCAUCAGAAAAUAUAAUAUUUAA